AAUUGGCAUUUAUUUCCUUAUAAAUCUCCUCUCUCUUCAUUAGGGAAUUAAAAAAAAAGAGUAACUCCCCUGCAUCCUCUCUUUAAUUAUAGUAAUUAACUUCUUUUAUUUAAUUUCAAAAUUCAAAUCCUCAAUUCCCUCCCUCAAAUUACCUUAAUUUCAUCGAAUUGAAGUGCUAACAGUUAAUCACACGUCCAAAUAAUUCUCAUUCUUCAGUUCUGAGUAUUAACACGUUAUAAUUAUCAUAAUCUCCUUCAUGCUUGUUGAUCGAACGAAUAAUAGUACGAUGAACUUGGACCCCAGUGAUGGCGGCAGAGGCAGAGAGAGCGACGACGGGAAAAGGUUGCCGGAGGAGGAGGAAACGGCGGCGGCGAAUGAGGAAGACGACGGCAGUUGGCCCCACUUCGAAGAGGAGGACUACAUAGUUUUCUGCUUCACCGAGGACGGAGAAAUUCACGUGGUUGAAGACAGAAGAUCCGAGUCGUCCUCUGCCGUUCCUCGUACAAACAUAAAGCUUAGGUCACUUCGCCGGAGGCUUAUGUACGAAGAAAAUGGAGAAAGAGGUUACGUUGAUGAGGAAAGAGGAGAUAUUGUCAUGCCACGUGAAAAGGGGGCAUUUUGCAUGGAGGAGGGGGAAGAGAGUGGGAGGGGAGAUGGAGAAGGGGCAAAAGAGACAAUUUGCACAAGAUGUGAUGAUGAUGAUGGGGGUAGAUUGGAAUCUUGUGAAUCAAGAAGUGGACAAUAUGAUCAUUCAAGUGCCAGCAGAAGCUCCUUUGCCUUCCCUGUGUAAGUACUAUACACUUUCCACGUUAAAAACUUCUUCCCCUUUUGAUUUUUUUAAUUAUACAAUAAUACUCUUUAAUCAUA